AUGCUUCUCAUCAAAACUGCAACCGUUUCUUUUUCGUUUCUGUUCACUCAGGCAGUGUUUUAUUUGAACUUCUAUCUUUUGCAUUCGAUUUUCGUUUCGAAAAAGCUCGCCAAAAAACCAGACUUAGUAUUAAUCUAUUUUCGAUUUUCAGUUGAUAUGGUGUAUUCGUUCUUUGGCAACUCGAAUUGCACUCAUCGACUCAAUUAUCAUAUUCAUAUUCAGUUUUCUUCCUUCAGCAAUUUCCCAGCAAUUCCCAAGUAUCAAUUUCGAAACGGUUGGCCCAAUAAUGACAAUGUUCAAGAAUAUCGGAUUGUUCAUCGAAGCACUAAUUGUGUUCAAAGUACUGUCCAAGGAAGCGAUUGUGAUUAA